AUGAAAGAACUGGGGCUCGCCAAGCUCGGACCCUCCCCCGACACCCACGUCCCGGACCGGCAACAUCCCGGGGGCCUCCCCCGCUCCCGCAAGUGGAAACUCAUCCUCCUCUCGCUCCUCAUCGUCGCCCUCGUCCUCGCCUCCGUCAUCUCCGCCAUCCUCCUCGUCGGGCUCCGCACCAGAGCCUCCGGCGCCCCUCUGGGCCGCCGCCCGACCCAGGCCAUCUCCCGCACGUGCGCCAAGGCACGGUACCCAGACCUCUGCGUCGACUCCCUCCUGGACUUCCCCGGGUCGAUGGCAGCGAGCGAGCAGGACCUCGUCCACAUCUCCUUCAACAUGACCCUGCAGCACUUCGACAAGGCUCUCUACCGGUCCUCCGGCAUGGAUUACCUCCAGAUGGAGCCGAUCGCGCGGUCGGCGUACGACGACUGCAUGGAGCUCCUGGACGACUCUGUCGACGCACUCUCCCGGUCGCUCUCCGCCGUCGGGGGAUCCGGGUCGCCGGCGGCGGCUGAGGACGUCGUGACGUGGCUGAGCGCGGCGCUGACGAACCAGGACACGUGCGGGGAGGGGCUGGCCGACGCGAGGGGGGGCGUGAAGGAUCGGAUGGCGGAGGUGCUCAAGGACCUGGAGGAGCUGGUGAGCAACUGCCUGGCGAUAUUCGCGGCGACGGACGGCGGCGGGGAUUUCGCCGGAGUGCCAAUCCAGAACCGGAGGAGGCUGAUGGACGCGGGAGGGGGAGCAUCCAAGGACGGCACCGUCGACGGUGAGUAUCCAGAGUGGUUGGGGGAGAGAGAGAGGGAGUUGCUGGAUAUGCCGGCGGCGGAGAUACAGGCGGACAUAGUGGUGGCGAAGGACGGAGGGAACGGGUCGUGCAAGACGAUCGCGGAGGCGAUCAAGAAGGCGCCGGAGAACAGCAAUCGGAGGACCAUCAUCUACGUGCGAGCUGGGAGGUACGAGGAGGAUAACUUGAAGGUGGGGAGGAAGAAGAGGAACCUCAUGUUCAUCGGCGACGGGAAGGGCAAAACGGUCGUAACAGGCGGCAAGAGCGUCGCCGACAAGACGACCACGUUCCACACCGCCUCCUUCGCGGCAAGCGGAGCUGGUUUCAUCGCCCGGGACAUGAGCUUUGAGAACUCCGCCGGACCGGCCAAGCACCAGGCGGUGGCUCUCCGGGUAGGAGCAGACCACGGCGUGGUCUAUAGGUGCAGCAUCAGCGGCUACCAGGACACGCUCUAUGUCCACUCGAAUCGACAGUUCUUCCGCGAAUGCGACAUCUACGGGACGGUCGACUUCAUCUUCGGCAACGCGGCCGUGGUCAUCCAGAAGUGCAACAUCUACGCCCGGAAGCCCAUGGCCAAGCAAAAGAACACCAUCACGGCCCAGAACCGCAAGGACCCCAACCAGAACACCGGCAUCUCCAUCCACGCUUCCCAGAUCGUCGCCACUUCAGAUCUCGAGGCAUCUAAAGGGAGCUUCCCAACAUACCUCGGCCGGCCAUGGAAGAUGUACUCGAGGGUUGUGUACUUGUUGUCCUACAUGGGCGAUCACAUUCACCCCCAAGGUUGGCUGGAGUGGAACGGAGACUUUGCGCUAGACACGUUGUAUUACGGAGAGUACAUGAAUGAUGGGCCCGGGGCAGGGGUCGGGCAGCGCGUGAAAUGGCCGGGUUAUCGGGUCAUCACAUCCACGACAGAGGCGAGCAAAUUCACAGUCGCACAGUUUAUAUUUGGAUCUUCAUGGUUGCCGUCCACGGGGGUGGCAUUCGUGGCCGGACUAUCAACUUGAAGUGACACUUACAGGUGAUAUUGUGUUGUACUGAGAACCCACAUGCAUAGGUUCUCAUUUAUUUGCUGAGCUUAAAAUUUAGGUUGCUUUUCUCAUAUUUAUUCUUCCAAAAAAGAAAAUAUAAACAAGUGUAGAAAAGCCACAAUUCGAAAUGGCAUAAAUCCUUAGUAUUUACAUUUUUCAAUGUUCA